ACCACUGCUCCGUUGCUGUGGCAACCGUGACGACUUGGCAGCCAGAGCCAUCAUCACUCAGCCUCCUCGAGAUGCUCUGGCAAAGGCUCGCACAAGGAGAUUCGCACCCCAGAUCCCGUUCCUUUUAAAUUGUGGCUUUACCUCACAGCCUGGAGAAGGAGAAAAUCGCUGCUGCAAGGAGAAGCCGUGUGAGGCAGGGCAGGGCAGGGGCUCUCCUUUGGGUGUCUGCCCCUGCAGAGGCGGGGAGCUGGGAGCACCUGUCGGGAGGAGUUACUCAUGUGAGAAGAAGGUCAUUCCCGGUUAAUAAUGCUUGUAAGGCAGAGGUGAAAGUGGCUCAGCAGAACAACAUCAGGAAAUCUGGCAGACUGGAAGAGCACAGCUGCCCCCCUGGGCAGCUGCCACGUGUGAAGCAUGGAGGAAAGUAAAAACGAGAAGGUGAACCAGGCUCAUGUUCUCUUUGACAGAUUUGUCCAGGCUUCCACCUGCAAGGGGACUCUCAAGGCUUUCCAGGAGCUCUGUGACUACCUGGAGCUAAAGCCCAAGGACUAUCGUUCCUUCUAUCACAAACUCAAGUCUAAGCUCAAUUACUGGAAAGCCAAAGCCUUGUGGGCCAAAUUGGAUAAAAGAGGCAGCCACAAGGACUACAAGAAGGGGAAAGCAUGCGCCAACACCAAGUGUCUGAUAAUUGGGGCUGGACCCUGUGGCCUUCGCACAGCCAUCGACCUGUCCUUCCUGGGAGCCAAGGUGGUGGUGAUAGAGAAGAGGGACGCCUUCUCCCGCAACAACGUGCUGCACCUCUGGCCCUUCACCAUCCACGACCUCCGCGGCCUCGGCGCCAAAAAGUUCUACGGCAAAUUCUGUGCAGGAUCCAUAGACCAUAUCAGUAUCCGUCAGCUCCAGCUGAUCCUUUUGAAGGUUGCCUUGAUCUUGGGAAUAGAGAUCCAUGUCAACGUGGAGUUCCGGGGGCUCGUUUACCCUCCAGAGGACCAGGAGAAUGAAAGAAUAGGUUGGCGUGCACUGGUCCAUCCCAAAACCCAUCCAGUGUCUGAGUAUGAGUUUGAAGUAAUCAUUGGAGGGGAUGGCAGGAGAAACACCUUAGAAGGGUUUCGCCGGAAGGAAUUCCGCGGCAAGCUUGCAAUCGCUAUCACAGCAAACUUCAUCAAUCGCAACACCACAGCUGAAGCCAAAGUAGAAGAGAUCAGCGGUGUGGCCUUCAUCUUCAACCAGAAGUUCUUCCAGGAUCUCCGAGAUGCCACAGGCAUUGACUUGGAGAACAUUGUCUACUACAAGGAUGAUACACACUACUUUGUCAUGACUGCCAAAAAGCAGAGCUUGCUGGAUAAAGGAGUGAUACGGCAUGACCAUGCUGACACGGAGGUCUUGCUGUCCCGGGAGAACGUGGACCAGGAGGCUUUGCUGAACUAUGCCAGGGAGGCAGCAGAUUUCUCCACGAACCAGCAGCUGCCCUCACUGGACUUUGCCAUCAACCACUACGGGCAGCCCGACGUGGCCAUGUUUGACUUCACGUGCAUGUACGCCUCCGAGAACGCCGCCCUGGUGCGCGAGCAGAACGGCCACCAGCUCCUCGUGGCACUGGUCGGGGACAGCCUGCUGGAGCCGUUUUGGCCUAUGGGAACUGGAAUAGCCAGGGGAUUUUUGGCUGCAAUGGACUCUGCUUGGAUGGUACGAAGUUGGUCGCUCGGAGCCAGUCCUUUGGAAGUCCUUGCAGAGAGGGAAAGCAUUUAUAGGCUGCUGCCUCAGACCACCCCGGAGAACGUGAGUAAAAACUUCAGCCACUACAGCAUUGAUCCUGCCACCCGAUAUCCCAAUAUCAACGUCAACUUCCUGAGGCCACAGCAGGUACGCCACUUGUAUAAUACAGGAGACUUGAAAGACAUUCACCUGGAGAUAGAGAACUUUGUGAACUCCAGGACACCAAAGCUGACUCGAAAUGAGUCUGUAGCUCGCUCUAGUAAAUUGCUCAGUUGGUGCCAGAGGCAGACUGAUGGAUAUGCUGGUGUUAAUGUGACAGAUCUGACAAUGUCAUGGAAAAGUGGCUUAGCUUUGUGUGCCAUUAUCCACAGAUACCGUCCAGACCUAAUAGACUUUGAUUCCUUGGAUGAGCACGAUGUGGAGAAGAACAACCAACUGGCCUUUGACAUCGCUGAGAAAGAGUUUGGGAUCUCUCCCAUUAUGACUGGAAAGGAAAUGGCAUCUGUUGGAGAGCCAGAUAAGCUGUCCAUGGUGAUGUACCUCACACAGUUCUAUGAGAUGUUCAAAGACACCAUCCCCUCUAGUGAUAGCCUGGAGCUGAAUGCAGAGGAAAAGGCUGCCCUGAUUGCCAGUACCAAGUCUCCCAUCUCCUUCCUCAGCAAACUGGGACAAAGCAUCUCUCGGAAGCGCACUCCCAAGGACAAAAAAGAAAAGGAACUGGAUGGUGCAGGAAAGAGGAGAAAAACCAGCCAAUCUGAGGAUGAGGACCUCCCACGGAGCUACAGAGAAGAAAGGCCCACACUGGUGAGUGCCCUGACAGAGAGGAGAAUUGAUGCUGCCAUUGGGAAUCAGAACAAAGUCAAGUCCAUGGCAACCCAGCUGCUGGCCAAGUUUGAAGAGAAUGCACCAGUGCCGUCCUCACACUUGCGAAGACAGCCACCUGUCCUGCCUUACCAAGAGCGUGUCCACAGCCAGUCAUCCAGCAGACGAGAGCAGGGCCGGCUUGCCCCCAUACCCCAGUGGAAACAGGGCUCGCUCAAGAAGGAGUUCCCCCAGAACCUGGGAGGCAGCGAUGUGUGCUACUUCUGCCGCAAGCGGGUCUACGUGAUGGAGAGGCUGAGCGCUGAGGGCAAGUUCUUCCACCGCAGCUGCUUCAAGUGCGAGUACUGCGCCACCACCCUGCGCCUGUCCUCCUACGCCUACGACAUCGAGGACGGCAAAUUCUACUGUAAACCUCACUACUGUUACAGAGUCUCUGGUUAUGCUCAGAGGAAGAGGCCAGCAGUGGGUCCUCUGUCAGGAAAGGACACCAAAGGACCUGUGCAGGACGCCAUGGCCAGCGAUGGGAGCGGACGGGCCAGCAGCCUCCCCGCCUCAGCAGAGAGGGCCCCAGGUCCCAGUGUGAACGGGCUGGAGGAGCCCAGCCUGGCCAAGCGUUUGCGGGGCACCCCGGAGCGCAUCGAGCUGGAGAACUACCGGCUGUCCCUGCAGCGCGAGGAGGAGCUGGAGGAGGUGCCUGAGGAGACCCUGGCAGAGCACAACCUGAGCAGCGUGCUGGACAAAGGGACAGAAGAGGAUGUGCCCAGCAGUAGUUCAGAAUCGGAAAUGGAGGAGGAAGAUGAAGAGGAAGAUGAUGAACAGCAACCCCCUUCAGACCUGGGUGGUGUGCCAUGGAAAGAGGCUGUGCGUAUCCACGCCCUCCUGAAGGGAAAGAGUGAAGAAGAGAUUGAGGCUGAGCAAAAUCAUGAGAUUGAGUACAAAUAUGAUGAUGAGGAGGAGGAAUACGAAGAGGAAGAAGAUGAGGAGUCAAGUGAAGAGGGGGAGUAUAACCCUUGGGAGAGAGAGCUGCAGCAAGGCCUCUGGCUUCAACGUCUCUCAGAUGAAGAGGACUCGGGUACACAUAAAGCUGGAAACCUUAGGCUGCAGCAGAUUGUAAAUCCGGUUGAUCCUCUGGAGAUCCUGGCAGAUGUGCACUGGACACACAUCCGUGAGAAAGAGGAGGAGGAAAAAAUGGUCUCAGCCUCAAAGUCCUCCACCUCCAGAGCAUCCGACCUUCCCUCCGUACGCCAUGAGGCGGUACAGGCGUGGCUGGAGACGGUCCCUGGAGCUCCAUGUGAGGAGGAUGAUGUGGAGGAUGAGCUGGGCACAGAGCCUGCAGACACAGAAGGGCAGGCAGGUGAAGAGGGAGACACGGGUGCAGAGCUGGACGAUGACAUCGCCUCUGAUGCAGAAGCGGAGUUUCGCUUACGUCAGAGUGGUGCAGAAGGGGCAGAGCUGAAAGUGUCUGAGGAUGAAGAAGAAGAAGCAGAAGGUGCUUCUCACAGUGUGACAGAAGAAGGUCCAUGCAAGCCACCCACCCCUAUCCAGCCCUCUAGUGAGAGUGUUCUUCCUCUGUCUCCAGCUGCUAGUCCCAAAGCAAAACAAGCAGAGGAGGUAGAAGAUCCCCUGGCUGAAACGAGCCGUGCAAUAAAAUCCCCAGAGCCACGCUUUUUUCCUGAGCCUUUCAUUCUUGAGGAAAGACCAAAGGAUGAAAUUCCCAAAGACAGGAAGGUUAAGAGCCCCUUGGUGCCACCAUCUCCAGUGCUGUCCCAGCCAGUUGCAUCACCAGAAGCCAUUGCACCCCCAUCACUCACAGAGUCCCAGCCAGGAGCACCAGCACUGGCCUCACCCCCAGCAUCUGCUCAAAUGCCUAUCUGUUCCCAGCCUUUGCCUUCUGCUGAAACAUCCAUUCCAUCCCCAGUGGAGCCUCCAGUAUGUUUCCAACCUGUCCCAGCCUUAACAUCUACUCCUUUAGCCAAAUUGGCCCUUAGGGGCCAGGAUGGUGAGGUGGAAAAGCUGGGGAGCCCCACUACUGCAGAAGAAGCCCUGAAGCGGAGCAGCCUCGUGGAAGAGUUCUGGAUGAAGAGUGCUGAAAUCCGACGGAGCUUGGGACUCACCCCCGUGGACAGAAACAAACGCUCAGAGAGCAACUUCACUGUGUCUGCUCUGGAAGCAACUCCUCAGAAGACUUUCAAUAGCAGGAAUAUUUCAGGGGAUGAAAGGAUCCAUCCUGUGAAACCCCAGCCUGCCCCAAGAAGGCAGGGACUAUCCAAGUUAGAAAAUGAGCAGAUUUCUCUGCUCACUCCAAAAUCUCCGUCAGAAAAAGAGCUAAAGAUUUCCAAUGAAGUACGGGGAGAUGUGUCCAGCAGCUCUGGGCUUGGCCUUCAGGAGAGCUCGUCUAACAUGAGAACCAUGGCUAGCCAGAGCUUCAACACUUCCGACUCCACCAUGCUAACUCCCCCGUCGAGCCCGCCCCCACCACCUCCUCAGAACGAGGAGCCGGCCACGCUGCGCAGGAAGAGGUACCAGGCACUGUGGCAGAAUGAGGUGGAAGCCAGGUCACCUCCAACACCAGCAUCAACCCCUCCUGCUCCCCGGCACCAGGAGCCAGCCCCUCCUGCCAAGGAGCCCCCCCCGGCCAAGAGGGACGAGGUGCGGAAGUCGUUCGCGGAGAGCGUGGAUGAAAUCCCGUUUGCUGAUGACGUGGAGGACACGUACGAUGACAGGACAGAGGACUCCAGCCUUCACGAGAGGUUCUUUACACCUCCUACCAGCAGGCCAAGGCCAGAGAAACCACAUCUGUUGCCCUUGGUCAAAGAGAAUGGUGGUCCACCCUCCAUGGAAGGAGGGGCUCACCACAAGAAGAGAAUGUUCCCUGACAUUUCUGUGGAGGCCAAGGAGCUUGCUGAAGAAAGAAUGAGAGCCAGAGAGAAGUCUGUCAAGAGCCCAGCACUACGAGAUGCCAUGGCUAAACAGCUGUGUAAGAUGAAAGAUAUGGAGAUGACUGCUGCUCCAGCUGCUGGUGGGGCCACAAGGGCACGAAAGGCAUCUUCCAUGCCCUUGAAAACCAAAGAGUUGUUUUAUGAGUCUCCUAAACAUUUGGCCUUGAAAUUAGCAGAGGGAUCCGCACGAAAACAUCAUUCUGCUACGGAGAAGUACUCCACUCCUCCUGCUGACAUGGCUGGGCCUGAAGGGUCUGUCAGCUCUUCAGAAGGCUCCAGUGGGAAGAGUAAGAAAAGAAGUUCCCUCUUCUCCCCUCGUAAGAACAAAAAGGAGAAGAAAUCCAAAAACGAUAGCAGACUUUCUGACAAAUCUAGUGGUGGGACAGAGGAAGCAACAAAGCCUAGGUCCUUAUGGAAGUCUGUUUUCUCUGGCUAUAAGAAAGACAAGAAGAAAAAGGCUGAUGAGAAAUCUUGCCCAAGUACCCCCUCAAGUAAUGCCACAGUGGAUUCUGGCAAGCACAAACCCUCUGCUCCACUGAUUACAGCUGCAGAUCUACAGCUCCGUCAGCACCUGAGUUUCUCAGAGGACUCCGACCUCUCCAGUGACGACAUUCUGGAACGCUCCUCCCAGAAAUCCAAACGAGAGUCGAUCUAUGUACCUCACGCCUUGGCAUUCAAGAGAUCAUACUCGUCAAAGAGGGCCUACACAGAGGAGGAGCUGAACGCCAAGCUGACGCGGCGAGUACAGAAAGCUGCCCGCAGACAAGCCAAGCAAGAGGAGCUAAAGAGGUUACACAGAGCUCAGAUUAUCCAGCGGCAGUUGGAACAAGUGGAAGAGAAGCAGAGGCAACUCGAGGAGAGAGGAGUUGCUGUGGAGAAGGCCCUUCGAGGAGAAGCAGUUGAGCCCAAUGGCGGGACACCACGUCGUAGACCUCUCUCCUUCUGCCCUUGCUGUGCCCAUGAAGGCAUGGGUAAGAAGGAUGACCCCAAGCUGAUGCAGGAGUGGUUCAAGCUGGUGCAGGAGAAGAAUGCCUUGGUUCGCUACGAGUCUGAACUGAUGAUAUUUGCUCGGGAGCUAGAACUGGAAGACAGGCAGAGUCGACUGCAGCAGGAGCUCCGUGAGAGGAUGGCAGUAGAAGAUCAUCUGAAGACAGAUGAGGAGCUCUCGGAGGAGAAGAGGAUCCUGAACGAAAUGCUCGAAGUAGUGGAGCAGAGAGAUUCCCUUGUGGCUCUCCUUGAAGAGCAGCGGCUUCGAGAAAAAGAAGAAGACAAGGACCUGGAGGCAGUCAUGCUUUCCAAAGGUUUUAGCUUGAACUGGUCCUGAGCUUAGCACAUUUACCUCUGCUGGUCUGUGUUGUCCAGUUGGCCUACCCUGAGUUUGCCAGAAUUACAUGGAUAUGAAGAUGUUGAAGGGGAAACUUCUGAAAGGUCCAACAGCAUGCAGAGAUUUGGUUUGAAGCACUCAGAAGCCUUUUGAUAAGUGUGUUGGUUCCAGAAGCUUAAGUUUUACAUGUCUGCAAGCCAAGUUGAAGAAAUGAGUUGAGACUGUGCAAUCUCCUUGAGGUCCUGUACAAUGGACCGUGUUUUGUGUGUGGUAGUAGGGAGGGGGGAAUAAUCCAUGUGUGGGGAAGGAGGUUAAGGGAAGAAGUACCCUUAACUACAUUGGAUUUAAGGCAGUCCAUUCCUUUCCCAUUUUGACUACACCAGUUCUAAUAAAAGGGAGGGAAGUGGCAACCUUUCCUGAACAACCACAGCAGCCUGUAGCAGUGGAGUCAGCUGUCCAAGAGAGCUCCAGAAGCCCAGGGCAACACCUUCUUUGCUUUAGUCUUCCUCCCCACCAAAGAAACCUGCAGUUGAUCGUUAUGCAUGGAUAUGAAGAAAUACAAGACAGAGAAGAUACUGCUGUGUGUGCUGGAACUCUCUGCCUCUUGGUUUUUGGAGAGAAGUGGGCAUCAGUGGACUCUUUCCCUACCUUAGCCUCCUAAAUCUUCUUGUGGGGAACAAGGGGAGCAGAAGAGAGAGGGAAGAUGCCCAUCUGCUUUGCUACACACUGGAGAGGCAGCUACUGCUGGCCUUAGUCUUCAUGGCCACAGCUCAGAGGCUGGUGGGCUUCCUUGUUCUGUUUUUAUUGUGACUGUUUUGACACUGGAAAAUACUGCUGUGGGACAGUGGUAAGUGUGUGCUGGGGCAGGGGUGUUCCCAGGCAGCAUUCCCUGGUUAUUAGGCCCCCUAAAAGGGAGAAGCCCUUAAGUGACCGAACCACCAUUAAGACUUUUCAGUGUUUUUAUUUUUUUUUCUCUGUAUUUUGUUUUUGCACAUUGGAAACAAAGCUUAAGACCUGCCUGGGCCCUCAGUCACUUUGACCCUUUUAUGUCAAUUAACUUAUUUUUUUAAUACUUGAAAGAAGAUUCAUUUUUGUAUCUUUUAGGAAAAAAAAUGAACGAGUGAUGGGUGUGUGUGCCUGCUGCAUCCUACAACUUCCACUUCAAAAUUACUGGAUGUUGUUACCUGUGGCUAUUUAUUAGUGUUCUUAAUAAUAAUUUGAUUGUUACACAUAUUUGAUUGUGGAGGGAGUGUUUUAACUCUGUUAGAGAAAGACACUACUGCGAUUGGUCCCUGCUUCACAGCGAGGGCAGCCUUUAUGUACCCAUGGAUGCAUCCUGCCCUAGGAGUUUUCUUCUAUGAAAAAAUCCUGUGCACUCAUGGAGUUUAAGAAUCUAUUUGUGUUCUUAGCAUCCUUUUCUUCCACAUCCCACAUUCUCUCUUUUGGACUAACAAACCUAUAUUUAUUUAAAUUUUACAUUUUUAUAACAAGAAAGCCAAAACUGUGAGAUAGAAAUAUCCCAUAUAUCUCUUCCUCACUGAAAGAGGGGAUCCUCACAGUCCUGAUACAGUUUGAGGGAUUUCCAUGAAAACAAAACCAGCACAUUUCCUGCUGCAUCUAUUGGAAGAAGCUCCUUUUGGCCCAGUUAGUGAAUGUGCUGCUUUUCAGCCAGGAGGGUCCUGACUGUCACCACACAAUGAUGGAUGAGCAGGAUGUGCACUGAGCAGCUCAGCCCCCGUCCCUGUGGGACAGACUCCCUGGGCAAGCCGUGUCCUUAACCUGCAGAGCUGAAACAGCACCGUGCGCUGGAGAUGUGUCCCAUCCUUCACACGAUGUGUCCAGAGAGGGUUUCCCUCCUUGGGAUGCUGACUGUGUUCUUUUCCUGUUCAAGAAGUACCAAGGCUGCUUUCUGAAGUCUCUGAGAACGAGUCCUAUUCCCAAGCACAUUUGUACAGCCUACUGACUCUUCCAGCUGGAAUUGACACUGCCAGUGCGAGGCACCCCAGCAGGGCUGAACAUCCUUCAGUCUUUUGCCCUGGCACAGAAGUUUGCAUGGUUUCUUGCUGUUGGCUCUCUGCCUCCUUCAGAGGGGUCUCCUGUAAGCCAAGGUCUAUGAUUUAAAUUCACCUCUGACUUGGGAGAAUGCCCCAGGCUGAGGGAGAAUGGGUAGGAGUGUCCAUGGGGACUCUGAGCAGUGCUGGUUGCUAACUAUGGAAACCCGUGUUUUCCACCCAAAGUGUUCUCCCUUUAUUCCACAUAAGGCAUUACAAAUUAAAUCCAGAUACUCGUGAAACCAAGCAGACAGACAGGCAGCUGCAGUGCUACUUUGUAACUGUGUGUGUUUAGCAAGUGGCACCUGCCAUUCCAGCAUCCCAGAGCGUUGGCUUUACCAGCAGGAUUUCUAACAAACAGAAUUCCCUCCCGUUUGCUGGUGCAGGGCCUGCUGCCCAAGUGAGACUGGCAAUGGUAGUUUACAGUCUGCAUUUGAGGGGCAACUGGAAGCUGGAGUGCAGAAAUAGGGAAGAAAAGAUGGAAAGUUUACUGUAAAUUGUCUUGUGCAGAGAGUUGGCCUCAGUCCAUUUCAUUGUGCACUGGGUAUAUGGACCACAUCUAACUUGUAACAGAAGGUCAUUGAAUGUGAGCUGUAGAACUCCUGAAGACUAUUUUUAGAUGGUUUCUUUUCCCUUUCUUGCUGAGGGACAUUUGCCAGAUCUUUGCAAUGCUGAAGAGUGAGAUCACUUCAGGAUGUAGUACCUUAUUGCACAGAAAACCCGCAUAUUCCAACCCUAAACUCUUUGGGUUGUGCUGAAGGCCUCCAGCAGCGAGAAUGAAAACAAAGACCUAACAUCGCACACACAAAUUGAUUCAAAAUACACAAAAGGGAAUGUUAAAAGGCCUUUUUAUAUCAAAAUGGUUGUAAAAGGCACAACUUGUUAUUUGCUGUUCAGUUGCACUUUAAGAAUAUGACUUGCAUAUCAGAUAGUGGGAUUUUUUACUCUCUGAAUAUUUUUAAUUCAAAUUUUGUAUUUUUAAAGCUGAAGAAGGUUCUUGUGAGCACAAGAUCCCUUAUUUGUAUCCGAAUCCGAGCAGGAUGUUGUAGCUCUUUGCGCUGCCCGCAGCGCGCACUCAGCCACGUGCAUUCAAUGACGUGUGUCCAUUUCACGCGUGAGGAGAGCCCAGGGACCCUCAGCUCCCCAGGCGUGGGCACACAAGGGUGGCUGUCCCCAGGUGACCCGGGGCUGGCCGUGCUUCGUCCCGGCAGCAGGCGGGAACAGAGCCGAGCUCGGAGCCUGAGCCGCGCUGGCUCUGAAAUGGGCACACCGAGGAUGGGGCAAGCCCUUCAGCCCCUGCGGGGAAGGGAGGGGAACAGCAGCUCCUGGCAGGAAACGCCCAGGAGGUAAAUGGAGAUGGGGGAGUGAGGACUGCCAGAACAACUAAUCUGCUGUUUUCACAGUACCAGUUUGUUUUAAACUGUUCUGUUCCUUUUAACCAUAUUGUCAUUAAAAGUCACAACUGGCUAUAAAAUUCCAAGCUUCGGAGAACCUAAUGUGUGGGGAGGUGACAAGACAUUUCAGCUCCAACUUUCAGACAUAUUCCUUCUUUCAGUUAACCAAUACCCCCUGGUCUCACUAGGGCAUGUUAUAAACUGCAUUGCUGAAUAUAUUUUAGAGCAAACCGCAAGUUUUAAAAGUCUGUCCUUCUCUGUCUCUGCAUUUUCUGUAAAUAUUUGUUUGUAUGUAAAGGCACCAGUGGAUCCUUGGGCUACCCCCAUGGUCAAGAAUCUGAGUUUUGUGCAAUGCCUAGGCCUCUGUUAGAACACGGUGCUUGCGUAGAGCUAGUCACCACAUUUGUGUGCACUCUGGUGGGUUUUAAUAUUUUUAUACAUCCUAAUCCUGAACGUUAUGAAGUAUUCUAAGUGGUCUAGACAGCAUGAUCUAGAGCAGCCGGCAGUUCCCUUUUGUGAGCAGCUACACCUUGUUUGGUUAACAUUCUUCUAAAAUGAGUUUUCCAUUAAGUGUUUACACCACACACUGGUGGAUUGAGAGAGGUGUUGUUGCAUUGUAAAAUCUCCCAUGUGCAAACUGAAAAGCUGUAAUGGGAAUUUCAGUUGUCACUGUCUGCAAGGAGGAGAGCUCUAAAGCAUACUAAAAACCAGUCUGUAUAUAAUUCACAGAGAAAGAGAUCGCUGGCUGUUGACCUUUGCAAAGUAACAGAGAUGGGAAGCUUUCCAAAAGUUCCUGCUUUUGGAUUGUCCAAGCCUGCUACCCUGCCUGUGCAUGCCUGCUUGGCAGGUACUAGGCAGGGUAGCAGGCAGAUGAGGAUGUGACUGAAAGCAGGUGUGAAGGGGAGGAUGCCAUGUUCUGAUGGCAUUGCAGUAAUUUCAAUACUCUGUAUCUGUGGGUGCAUGCGUGUGUGUGUGAAGUCUAAUCCAGGCAAAGGGAGUUGCUUUGGCAGCUGCCCUUUUGCAUGAACGUGAACUCUGAUAUUCAGAUUGUUCAAGGCGCUUACGGUUGGCAUGUAUAGAGCGUUAACAGAAAAGCGAAUACCCUACCUGUACAAAACCAACUCUGUUCCAGCCUGUUUUCUUCUAUUUGGUUGUGUUUUAUCGUUUGUUUUUAUGCACACUUGCUUCAUUGGUGUUGAGAUUUUAGCACCUCAGAUGGCCAACUGAACUAAAAAAAAAAAAAAUAAAGUCAUUAAUUAUUUUUUCUUUUU